UCCGUUUACGAGAAAAAGAUAUUUAUUUAUUUGGAAUUAGACAAAAAUAUAAAUUCUAUUUUGGAGUGCUAAGAAAGCAAAAAAAAUAAAAUCCGCCAUGGAUGCACAGCAACAGCAGAGACAACAAGGUGUUCCGGCUCGCCCAAGGUCCGGCGAUGGCGGCGGAGACUUCACUCCGAUUCUCACUGUGCUCGUUGCUUUCAUCGCCAUUUUCGCAUUGAUUGUGGCUCCUUCUAUUUCAACAUUAAAUAAUAGUGUAUCCAUUUUACACCAAGUGCCGGAAGGUCAUGUUGGAGUCUAUUGGAGAGGAGGUGCCCUUUUAAAUACAAUAACUGAUCCAGGUUUUCAUAUGAAACUGCCCUUUAUAACUCAGUUUGAACCCAUUCAAGUUACUCUUCAAACAGAUCUGGUAAGGGACAUUCCUUGCGGAACCAAAGGAGGCGUGAUGAUCAACUUUGAGAAAGUAGAAGUUGUUAACCGCCUUCGGAAGGAUCACGUGUAUGAUACCCUGCUGAAUUAUGGGGUCAAUUAUGAUAAUACAUGGAUAUACGACAAGAUCCACCAUGAGAUCAAUCAGUUCUGCAGUGCUCACAGCCUUCAACAAGUUUAUAUUGACAUGUUUGAUCAGAUCGAUGAAAAAAUGAAAGAUGCUCUUCAGGCUGACUGCACACGAUAUGCUCCAGGUAUUGAGAUUCUCAGUGUACGUAUUACAAAACCUAGCAUCCCGGAGAGCAUAAGACGAAAUUUUGAGAACAUGGAACAGGAGCGCACCAAGGUUUUGAUUGCAGUAGAGAGACAAAGAGUUGCUGAGAAGGAAGCAGAGACGCAGAAAAAGAUAGCAAUUAGUGAAGCUGAAAGAAAUGCUCAUGUUAGUAAGAUCCAAAUGGAACAGAAGUUGAUGGAAAAAGAUAGUGCUAGGAAACAAGAGGAAAUUUCAAAUUCGAUGUACCUAGCUCGUGAAAAGAGCCUGGCAGAUGCAUCUUACUAUCGAACAAUGAAAGAAGCAGAAGCAAACAAGCUGAAGCUUACCCCAGAAUUUCUAGAACUGCGAUUCAUUGAAGCUAUAGCCAAUAACUCGAAAAUUUUCUUUGGGAACAAGGCAAGGCUCAUCUUCUUAUUACAUCUAUCUCUAUCCCCUCUCUUGAGUUUACGCCUUACGGCAUUCUGUGCUUAACACAAAAAUGUGAUUUUUCAGGUCCCCAACAUGGUUCUUGACCAAAGGCUACUUGGGAACUUUUUGCAAGAGGCUGUACCGCGAGCGGAGUCUUAGGGCUGUUUAUGCUCGUUUGUUAUAUCACAUGGAGAAUGAUAGAAUGUAUUGGUUUAUCUCUAUGUUUCAUUCUGUAGCUUUCAGCAUCAUGUUUUUUCCCCUCUUUGGACAUGGAAAUUUUCCAUUUUUGAAUAUGGUGUUUGUUUGUGUCAUUCCACGGAUUGUGAAUGGUAAAUACCAAGCAGUAUUAUAUGAAGAUUUGAUUCGUCUUA